CACACGUGUACCACCACCCCUUCCUCCAGCCCUGGGAGGGCUCAGGUCACGCCGGAAACCACAAGCCUUCUCCUUUCCAGAGGAGCCAGCCCGGGGCUUCCCUCUGCCGUGACCGUGAGCUUCCCGCCCCCAGGCGCAGUUUGGGCAGCCAGCCACAGCCCAGCCAGAGCUACCAGCUGUGCUGUGCAACACAGGAGCUGUGGCCAGUGUGGGGCUGGGAGGGGCUCUCUGCCCUCCCUGGACUGCCCCAGGAGGGGUGAGGAUCCUGCAGGGUGCAGGUGAGACCGGCAGCUGGGGGAGCUUCCCCAGACCCUGAGGACCCUGGCUGGGGCAGGCGAGUCUGUGUGGAGGUGGCAGGGCUCCUGGAACCAGGAUCUGCAGCCCUGCUCUGAGUUGCCACACCCACUAUGUCACCCGGAGAAAAACUGGACCCAAUUCCCGACAGCUUCAUCCUGCAGCCACCAGUCUUCCACCCGGUGGUUCCGUAUGUCACGACAAUCUUUGGUGGUCUGCACGCGGGCAAGAUGGUCAUGCUGCAAGGCGUGGUCCCUCUAAAGGCUCGCAGGUUUCAGGUGGACUUCCAGUGUGGCUGCAGCCUGUGCCCCCCGCCAGACAUCGCCAUCCACUUCAACCCUCGCUUCCACACCACGCGGCCCCACGUCAUCUGCAACACCCUGCAUGGUGGCUGCUGGGGCGUGGAGGCACGGUGGCCCCGCCUGGCCCUGCAGGGAGGAGCCGCCUUCCUCCUCCUCUUCCUCUUUGGUAAUGAGGAGGUGAAGGUGAGUGUGAACGGACAGCACUUCCUCCACUACCGCUACCGGCUCCCGCUGUCUCGCGUGGACACGCUGGGCAUAUUCGGUGACAUCUUGGUGAAGGCCGUUGGAUUCCUGAACGUUAACCCAUUUGCGGAGGGCAGCCAAGAGUACCCCGUUGGGCACCCCUUCCUGCUGACGAGCCGCAGGCUGGAGGUACCCUGCUCGCGUGCUCUUCCCCGGGGCCUCUGGCCUGGCCAGGUCAUCAUAGUGCGGGGGCUGGUCCUGCAGGAGCCCAAGGACUUCACUCUAAGCCUGAGGGACGAGGCUGCCCGCGUGCCUGUGACGCUUAGGGCGUCCUUUGCAGACAGAAGCCUGGCCUGGAUCUCCCCUUGGGGACGGAAGACGCCCAUCUCAGCCCCCUUCCUCUUUUACCCCCAGCGGUUCUUCGAGGUGCUGCUCCUGUGCCAGGAGGGAGGGCUGAAGCUGGCCCUCAAUGGGCAGGGGCUGGGGGCCACCAGCCUGGGCCAGCAGACCCUGGAGCAGCUGCGGGAGCUCCGGAUCAGCGGCAGCGUCCAGCUCUACUGUGUCCAUUACUGAAGAGGACCAGGGAGACCCCAGGCAGAGGAGACUGGGGGCCAGCACUCGCCCAGGGCCCCCCACCCAGUGUGCCCCACCUGCUCCCUUCAUUAAACUCUGCACCUGUCACCGUUCUGUCAGGCCUGCUUCAUCCGGCUUCACGGGCCUGGGUCUGCAGGACGUCGGGACCCUGGGCAGACGUUCAUGGAGGCAGGUCUGUAGCCUAGGAUGCCAAGAACACGGUGGCUUAGAGAAUGCAGACAUUUAGUCUCGCACUCAGCAAUUCUGAGAAAAUGGCCCAGGCCGGUGGGGCAGCUCUGUGCCCUGUGCACAUUCAGGGCAUAUCCUAGACCCGGAGGCCCCUGUCCCAGGGCACUGCCACUGUCUGCAUUGGCGAAUAUGGAUGAGACACCCCUGGUUCCAUAAGCCCCAGGCCCAGGAUCAACACAC